UAUAGAGACCUUGUCAUAAAAAGCUCUAUAUUACAACAUUAACAAAAUGGAUUCAAGAGAUGACGGCGAUAAUGGAUUCCAAUUCAGUCAAAUACUUUCUCGAGAAUCAUCUGUAGGACAAUCAUCACGUAUUUAUUAUUAUAGAAGAGCUGAAGGGGUUCCAUUUCAAUGGGAGAAGCAGCCUGGAACUCCUAAGAAUCCACCAAACGAAGAUGUCGUUCCACCACUUAGCCCUCCACCUUCAAUUCAAAGCUUGGGGCUGCCCAAGCCUUGGUUUAUUAAUACUGAUGAUGAUGAACCUCAAGAAUCGAAAAGUUUGAAGGUUUGGCUUUCGAAGAAGAUUAAGAAAUUGCAUCAAUUAAAAACUUUUGGAAAAUCUCAUCAAAAUUCUGAAUUAAUGCAUGGAAUUGAUGUUGUUGAGUCUGAUGGAGAAUUCGUUGCCAGUUCGUUCAAGAACUCGACUUCAUCGUCCUCAUCUUCAUCUUCAACAGAUUCAUAUACCUCAAACAGGCAAGAGAGGGAAAAAUCUUCAGGGAGAAGAAGGGAUAUGAUGGAGGGUUGCAGCCCAUGGAAUAAUAUCACAGAAAUGGUUGGUAUUAUUGCAAGAAUCUCCUAAUUUUAUUUUCUUUUGCAUUUUGUGUGAACUAUUUUUCUAAGUAGACUGUUCAUAUUUU